AUGAGAUUGAAGAUACCCACGAAGAUCACAAGCAGGAGAACUUUCUACGGCAAAGCUCAACUAGAGAACUCAUUCAUCCCAUCAUACCAGCUCAUCAAACCAGAACAAGAACAACAACAACAACAACAAGAACAACAACAUCAGAAUAGGUCAGAGAACCAAUCCAUCUCAAGACUGAUACAAGAACUGAAAGCUCAACAGCCCGAACGAAGGAUCGAACUAGAAAAGAUUGAGAACUACUCAAACAUUAACGAUCAAGAGAAUGACGAGACUCAACUAGCACAACUCAUCAGAUUGUCGGUCAAAUAUUCACUCAGUCAAUCACAGAAGGACUUAUUGGAAGAAAGACCGAUCGAGGAAUACCAAGACCAGACCCUGAUCCAUGGUGCAUUACUACCCAUCAGAGACGAAUCACUCCAAUAUAUCAUCAACCAAGUCAAGCUGAACAACAGACUCCACCACUGGAUCGAACAGGAUCUCAUCCAAACACUUGCCCAACUCAACCAAACCGAUCUCCUCUUCGAACUCCUCGCCAAACUAUCCUCGAGACAAUACUUCAGCCGGGAAAAGGGCACCAUCGCCCUAGUCGAACGACUGCUGAGCCAUCUCCCACUCCCCUCGGACGCCCCGAUCCAGUCGAUCGACUCACUCGCCGAACGGAUCCAUCAGGCCACCAGCCUCGAGAUCUUCAGGGAUCAGUCCACACAACUGGCCGGGAAACUCCUUUCCAGACUGAAGCAGCCAUCCUUCGAACACGUCUGGGAAUGGUACCAACUAUCGAAGAGCCGGACCGGUGGCAGGGUACUCGAGGGAUGUCUGGUUGCGAUCCUCGAAUUCAGGGCUGAGCUUGCACGGCGGCCGGAGCGACUGGACCAGGUGAUCGCCGACUUCCGUGGGCUCGCGCUGAUCACCCGUUCGCUCUCCUCGGUCGAUCUUCUCCGGUGCAUCGAGAACUUGCUCUGGCUAGCGAUCGGCGCCCAGCGCGCCCCACUGGCCGGACUGGCCCUGGACGGCGAGCUGACGAAACCAUUAGAGGGGAAACAGAUGAUGGAGGAAUCUACGAUGGUCGAGCUGCUCGGGAGGCUACUCGCACUGGCCGAGAACCGCGAGGAGGCCUUCAUGUUCUACGAGCGACUGAGCCGACUCGGCCGGCCGACCCCGCGCUUCUUCGAGCGUCUGCUACGCGACUAUCUGGCUCUGUGCGAGUGUCCCCGGACGGUGGAGGAGAGAGCUCAGGCCUUGCCGAUGUCCCGACUCAUGGCGAUCCUCGAGCACAUGAAACAGGCCUCGAUCCCGGUGGAUGGACAGACCUAUGCGGUCCUCCUCAAUCACUACAGCUCGGUGGUCCGGAUGAACCCACGUAAUCUGUCGACGAGACUACAGUUGGAACGGAUCCAUACGCUGAUCAAGCUAGAUAUCAAUCUCGAGCCGGACGGACAACUGAUCCAUCAGCUCUUCAAGGCCUUCUCCUACAACGGUCUCUACGAUAAGGCCUGGACGAUCUGGGACCGAUUCUUCUUCCCCUCCUCCCACGUUAGGAAGACGAAAUUCGGAAGACAGACCGAGGGUUUCAGAAGGAUCUCGAACGCUAGCUUUGCGACGAUGUUCGAUCUUGCUGGGUUCGAAAGUGAACGCUAUGGUGACGGAAGACUGAAUCUUAGAGCUCUCGAUGGCUGGGCCUUCCUCGUCCAUCAAGCUCUCCAUCCUCCUCAUCCGAACAGCAAUCCAGAGACGAUCGAGCAACCAUCGGCUUGUUAUCUGAAUAAGAACCUCUUCGACGCGUGGAUCGAAUGUCUCUGUCGUGCACGUCGAAUCGAAGAUGCUUUGAUGUUGAUCUUCCCUUCCUCUUCCAUCUCCCUUACAUCAUCCUUCGCAUCCAACAACAGCAACAACGACAGUCCAGAUGAUCAAUUACUAGACCAACCUGAAGAUCAAGAGAAACUUCAGUCGAUCAUCAAGCCAUUCAUCGAUCAACGUACAUUAUCUAUCUUGCUCCGAUUCAGUAAACGUGAAGAUCAUCUACUGCUUUCCUCUUCUUCUUCAGCUUCACUGCUGCUUCCCAUCGUCGUUCAGAACAUUCAUGCUUAUUUCCCUCAGCUUUGGUGUCUUGUUAAAGAUCAAGGUCGAUUUAAUUGAUCUUACUUUUGUCUUUUUCUGUUUGAUCUCUUGUGACGACUAAGAGUAAAGAUAUUUCCCGGGAUUAAUUGAUGAACAUAGACUUUCUUUCUUUUUGAUUGUUUUCGCUUCCCUGUUUGAUUUGAUUCUUGUGCUCUUUCAGUCUCUUUUUUUUCUUUUCAACUUUCGGUUUUCUUAAUGGUUAUUUUCUUCUGUUUACGUACAUGGGUUUGAUAAUCUUAUCUUAUGUAAUACCAUUCAGUCUUGUUACCCUU